CAAGGUGGUUAAUAGGCUGUCACAGCACUAGGUGGAUAUAACAAGGGGAGCUCUGACACGUUCUCUGUGCAACCGCUUUGCUCUAAGCUUUUAAAUCGAAAUUGAGGAUGGAAUCUGAUGCCAGUUUAAUGUCCAGCAGGCCCUCCUCUCCUGAAGUCGAUGAUAUAUUUCUGCCUUCAGUAAGAAAGACGGCUGGCUUCUCGGGCACCGUCUCCUCUACGCAGAGCGACUCUCCCCAAGAGUUGAGCUCCGAAUUCCGGGCGGCCUUGGCAGCGAGUGCUUUGGAAGAUGACACUCUCAGCUUGAAAAUGUUAUCUAAGAAAGACCGAAAGCUUCUUUCAGAACCCGAGCUGCAGCACAUGAGGCUGAAGAUAAACAGCCGAGAAAGGAAGAGGAUGCACGACCUAAACAUUGCCAUGGACGGGCUCCGAGAGGUGAUGCCCUAUGCGCACGGACCAUCGGUGAGAAAACUCUCCAAGAUCGCAACCCUUCUUCUGGCUAGGAACUACAUCCUGAUGCUCACGAGCUCCCUGGAAGAAAUGAAGAGAUUGGUCAGUGAGAUCUAUGGGGGUCACCACGGCGGAUUCCACCCCUCAGCUUGCGGGGGAAUGACCCACGCCGGACAUUUACCCGGGCACCCGGCUUCUCAUGCAUCCCAUCCGGUCCACCACCCCAUUAUACCGCCAGUCGUUUCAACAGCAUCACUCUCUGUACCGAGUAUGUCGGCCGUGAGUUCAGUAAGACCCCACCAUGGGCUGCUGAAGUCUUCGUCUGCCGGCGUAGGGCAUGCCUUGGGCAGCAGUUUCCAGCACUGGGGCACGGGCAUGCCUUGUCCGUGUAGUAUGUGCCAAGUACCCCCUCCACACGUUUCCGGCAUGUCUACAGUCAGCAUGCCAAGAAUUACUAGUGACACUAAAUAAAGACUUUUAAUACAAUGCUGGGACAACUUUGUUUUAUAUAUAUAUAUAUAUAUAUAUAU